UUCUUUUAAAAGUAUUUGAGAAAAGAAGCAGGUGGUGUGGGUGGAAAGACAGAUAAUGCCGAAGCUUGAUAGGUUGUUGAAUGCUUUAUUUUUGGCUUACAUAUUCAAGAUGAGCUAACAAUGCACAUUCUUAAAAGGUUUUGAGCAUCAAAUCAGAUAAGAAAGUAAAAUAAUCAAAGCUGCAGAUAAGGCAAACCUACUUGAAUGAUGCAACUGCUUUGCUUUCUAUUUGGUAAUGCGCUUGCCUCUUUCACAUUAAUUUGUUGUUCGUCUAAUUCUCUUUUGAUCAUGCACAAAGGUAACGAGCUAGUAGGGACACCAAAUAUGCAAAUGUGAUUGUCAAAUUCAUCCUACCUGAAGUAGCCAUCGCCCCCGUUGGUGUGGCCUGUUAAGAACCCUAAGUUCACUAUCUUCUGCUGAAGAGACUGAAACCUCCUCACGUUACUCAUCAGACAGUAGACAGACAAACAGACAUGGCUGAUUGGGGACCGGUGUUAAUAGCAGUGGUGUUGUUUGUGCUGUUGACUCCUGGACUUCUGUUCCAACUUCCAGGAAGCAGCAGGUCAAUAGAGUUUGCCAAUUUCCAGACAAGUGUAAUCUCCAUCUUCAUCCAUACUCUUCUCUACUUUGCAUUAAUUACUAUGUUCCUUAUUGCCAUUGGAGUCCACAUUUACUUCGACUAAUAUACUCCAUCAACAGAUCCAUCUUCUCCUAAAGGCAAGUUUCACUUCAUUUGUUAGUUCUAUCCAGAUGUACCUAUACUUGUGAGUAACUCCUAUGAUUUAGUACAUCACAAGUAACAAGCAUGAGAAAGCAUAAGAGGUGCUGAUAUCAAGCCAAACACUUGAUGAACUUCAUUACAAAAUCAUCAUCAGCAAGAGUUCUCAGCUGCACCCAGGGGAGGAGGCAGAAGCCGAGCUACAGGGUCGGCCGAAACCAGUAGCUUUUGUUCAAACAAUGUAUUUGUAUUGAAAAUUUUAUAAAACAUAUAAUACAAAUAUUAAAUUUA